UCCUGGUAACAACAAGGGCAGCAUCAGACAAGGAUCACCUAAUGAUGGAAGAAUUUGAAGAUGGCGAUGCUCCCCCCUCGGUGGACCGGUGUCAGUGCAACACCUGCCAGAGGUGGUUCCUCCCCAAGACUCUGGAGAAGCAUGCUAAAAUUUGCCAAAAGUCAGCUGUUAAAAGGAGGAGGGUUUUUGAUUCCAGCAGACAGAGAGCUGAGGGAACAGACAUCUCCACACUGAAACCCAUCAAACCAAAGUCACAAAGUUCAGCUGGCUGUGGGAAAGCUGAGCCCCCGAAAAAGCCGUCUAACUGGCGCAAGAAACAUGAGGACUUCAUCGCCACCAUUCGGGCCGCCAAGAACAUCACUCAGGUCAUGAAGGACGGGGGACCCUUACCCCCACCACCUCCUCCUACUUAUGACCCAGAUUACGUCCAGUGCCCUUACUGUGAUCGGAGGUUCAAUCAGGGUGCAGCUGACCGACACAUCAAGUUCUGCCAGGAGCAGGCUGCUCGCAUGCCUAACAAAGGCAAAUUAGGAGACACCAAGAAGUCCCCUGGUCGCACACAGUACAAGCCUCUUGUUAAGAAGGCCAGUUCUUCUCCUGCGUCAGCAAUCCCGCCGGCCACUUCUCGUUUACCACAAAGAUCAGCCUUCGGACCGCCCAGUGGAAUUCCUUCGAGUAAGGCAUCUUCAGCAGGUUCAGUCAGGAGUAAUCCAUCCGGCCUCACGAGCCCGCCAUCAGGCGUGGGAAAUAAGGCUCGAGCUGCUCCCUCUGGCUAUAGCUCUGCGAGGAACUUACAGUCUGGAGUAGGACCCAACAGGAAGAAACCUGACUCCUACAUAUCGAGGACUGACACCGAUGGUGGAAAUGAAGUCGGCAAUGGUGGAAUGAAGAGUAAAUUCUGUCACGCCUGUGGGACCAAGUACCCUGUUGAAUCUGCAAAAUUCUGCUGCGAGUGUGGAGUUAGGAGGAUGUGUAUCUGAUGGAGGUCAAAACACGGAUAAAACAAAGGAUAAUAGGGACACACCGGCACUCAAGUUAGCAACAGAGAGUUGCACCAAAGCUAAUAAUUUUAAAGAAAAAAAGCCUAAUUUUCGCCUGUACUUUCACCCACAGGUCUAAUUUCCUGACCAUUAAGUCAAGUAAUCAGCACAGAAGGGUUUGAUGCCAUGUGUACACAAACGUAACAACUAUAGCCGACAUCACUGAUGCAAAUGAACAUUACUUCCAUACAUAUUAGUAGCUGGACUAAGUAGUUGAUAACAAGAAAAAGCAAAUCUAUUUUCUUCAAACUGAUUAGGAAGUAGGGACUAAGGAUGGAUGAAGACUUAUAGAGGAGGCUCAGUAUUGGGAUAUCUGGGCUUUUGGUGCAAGUUUAGAGGAUGGUAGAAGAGAGGCAAGGAAGCAUAGAUGCACACUGAAAAGAAAGUGUCUGAUAUUUCAACAAGGACGUAGAGUGUCACUCAGAAAAUAUUUAAGACUGUCCUAGUAUUUCAGUCCCAGUCAACCUGGGUCUGAAAUGCUUUCACGGUCCCGUUAUUCCUGGACAGAGUCUGAGGUGCAAUAUAAGUGACUACUGAAGAAAGCAACAAGCUUUUCUACAGAAAAUGAGUUCUUGUUUUAAUCUCAUUACCUUUUUUUUUUUUAACAGGGACCAGUUCUGAAACUAGCUUUUAAAGACCAGUUACUUAGAAAACAACUCCUGUUGUAGUUGAUGCUACAGUAUAUAAAUGAAAUUGAACUGAAUUGAUUUUCUCAUAAUUUAAUUGUAGACAAAUGUAGUGUUUACUUUAUCCGUUCUAUUUCCUUUUGUUUUUUACAUUCAGAUUAGUUAUUUAUUUUUCUUAUUCCAUUUCAUUUUCACGGAAUAAUAAGUGACUGCAUAUUUUCUUCAAUCCUCGACAGGAUUAAAGUAAUGCUUUUAUUUGGAAUUGUUACAAACCCAAACAAUGCAUAGAUGAGUUGUAAUAGUUUUCCUUGUCUGUGUUUCUCUGGAGUCUGUAUUCAGUGUAAAAUGAACUACAGUCAGACCCCUGUCUGGUAUUGUUGAUCUCUCUUUAUCUCAUGUUUCGUAUGAGGGUGGGACAGUAAAACGAGACAUUCUUUGCUGAGGUCAUGUUAUCAAUAUUUCCCAAGAUUCUAAUUAUUUCAAAAGUAAGAAUUGUCUUGAAGCAAACCAUUAUCAGUUGACAAAAAUGUAUUAGAACCGACUGGAGAGGUGUGUGUAUUCCUGUACUGAUUUCAAUGGUUCUUAACCUGGAUAUGGUUUUGGAGUUAAAGCCAUGUAUAUCCACCAUCAAUAAAGUUCCAUAGUGGCACCACCCUGGUGGCAGCCUGUU